ACGAAAUAAAAACACUGUCUCGCUUAAAAGCGCCGUUGCAAUUAAGAUUUUGUUCAGACACCUGUAGGCCUAAGAUGGCUUGAUAGGAAAAGCGGCCGCCCAUUUGAGCAUAAUACUCAAAACGUCAAAUUGACCCAAUCAGACCUAAAAAAGCUUUCAAAAGCUCAUGAAGUGAACUAUAUCUUUCUUCAUCACUUUCUUUCUUGAUAAACUCAUAUAACCCAAGAGUUAUUUUCGGAUUAAAACAAUUAAGAAUAUCAUUACAGACUAGAAAUAUCAACUCAACUUCAAAAACAGAGUAAAUAUACGGACUUUCAAUCAAAGGAUAGAGAGAGGACUUCAUAGUUUUACAAGAUGGAUGUGUCGAACUUCAACCAGUCAUCCAACACUACUUCUUGUCCGGCAGAAAUCCUUUCCUUGACUGCUGUUAAGACAGUCAGUAGUCUUAACAUCUUAUUUGCCGUUCUUUCAGUCGGUGGAAAUUCCUUGGUCUUGAUUGCCUUGUGGCGAACACCUUCGAUGCAUAACACAUCAAACGUAUUUGUUGCGUCUUUGGCCUUUGCAGAUCUCAUUGUUGGAUCUCUCGCCAAUCCAUUAUAUGUUUUCCUGAGUUUAAUGAAAAGUCUUCGAGAUGUUCGAGCCAUCAAGAAUGCCGAGACGUUUGUAUGGCUUUUGACUGUAACUGCUACUACUUACAAUCUAUGUGCUGUGUCUAUCGACAGGUUUAUUGCAGUGACCAAACCCCUUAGGUACCAUCAGCUUGUCACAAUCCCUCGGUGUUUGAAAGCCAUUGGACUAACAUGGAUCUUCGCUAUUAUUUUUGCCUCGGCAAGUUUCUUCGUUCCGCUGAGUGAUAUUGCUAGCAUUUGGAUCACGGGCUCCGUUACGACUGUUUUUGUUCCUCUAGUGAUUAUUUCGUAUUGUUACUUCAAAAUAUGGAGAGCUGUACAGCAUCAAGUGAAUAUGAUAAACGCUGUAGACAAUUCUGGAGACUCACAGGGAAUCGCUCGUAACAGAGCCAAGAACAGGAAAGCUGCUUGGACUUUUGGUAUAAUUAUUCUAUUAUUUGGCAUUCUAUUCCUACCGAGUUUGAUAACGAACUUUAUCGCCAUUGAAGCGAAAACACAGUGCGAUUUCUUUGAAGUCAAUCGAAUUUGGUUUUGGACGUCGGUUACUUCGUACUCUAGUUCCGCCAUUAAUCCAUGGGUUUACACCAUUCGAAUGCAGGAAUUCAGAGGAGCUUUUAAGAAGAUUUUUAAAAGUUGAAAACAAUGAGCUUUUAUUAAAUUAGUAACUCGCAGAAAAAAUAAUCACUAUAUAUGUCGAAAGAGCAUGUUAAGGUCAGUAACUGUCAAAGUAAUAGAUAAACUUGGAAGAUAUGAAUUUUGAAAAUUGUUAAUUUUGUAAGAACACUUUUGCUGGAGGCAAGAAAUGCACCCAACAAGAGUUUUCAUUAAAAAAAUGUCGAUAUUCUUAGAAUUGAUAUAUCUUCGCGAUCAUUUGAGCCUACCUUCGCCAAACUUCACCAUAUUUGAACAUACUGACGUUUCGGACGCCAGUCCUUUCAUCUUUUCACGGUGUAUAAUUUACCUUUAUAUCAUUACUGUUUCAUUAGAAACACCAACGCAGCUCACACUAGUUUUUAGCUAGUUAUAUCUCAUAUAUUUGAACAUGCUCUUUCCUUACAUGGUAAUUAAUUUUCUGUCAUGUGAAUUUUGGAAUUCAGUUAUAAAAGUUCAUUUGGGUUCUGGAGCCGCCUCGGGCUUUUAAUAUACACUGUACGAAGAUCAUUCAAUGAUUUUUUUUUUUUUGCUUUACAAUUUUACCAACAUGGCGACCACGUCUUGUAUGUAAUCAAGAGACCGCCCUAGUUAUCGAAAGACCAGCCCUUUACAUAUCGAGUGAAAAACUUGUAUAUCAUGUAACCUAUUGAUGGUUUCCAACCAUUCCCAAGAGAAUUAAAUAACAAAAGACACGGCGACCAUGUUGUAGGAUAUAACAAAAGAAUCAUUGACAAUUCUUUUGUUAAGUUCCUCCAAUAUGGCCGCCGUGAAAAUCAUCAAUUUGACUAAAAGUGGAUUACCGAUCGUAUGUUUGGCCGAGUGAUAGAAAAUGUUACAGGAAACCUCUGCUGAAGUAAGGUCGACCAACUCGCAAGGAUUGCGGAAUUUCCCAAGCAACUCGGAUCGUCUAAUAGCAAAAUUACAUGUAUAUGGAACAUUGCGUAAUAUAUACAAUAUGAGCGGGAGAUCUGUAUGAGGACUUAAAACAUCGAGCUGCAAGCGAGCUGUUUUAAACCUCAUCAAAUCUCAAGCGAAUAUUAUGUACUUAUUGACUGAGUUAGGUCGGGCCGUACGGGAAAAUAUUUG